AUGAAGGAUACACACACCCUGCUCAAUCUGCUUCUGCUGCUAGUGUACCUAGCAGGAUCAACUUGGACCACUGAUGGAGGGAGUGGCAGUACCAAUGGUCCCUUGGAACUAACCAUUGUGGGACCUGACUUUGUUAAAGUGGGCGUGCCACGCAGCUUUGACUGUGCCGCCCAGUGCUCUCCCUCCUGCAGCUACAGAAUGAGUAUCUACGGGCAGAUUUGGCAGGGCAACAAGCUGUUGUUCACAGCUCGCCAAUGGGAGGAGUCCCUAAACCUUACAUGCACUGCAAGGAAUGAUGACUCUGGGAGGUCCUCUACAGUAUCAAAGAUACUGCAGGUUUUAGCUGGACCAACCAACGUAUCGAUCACAGGCCCUGCCCUGAUGACCCCAGGGGCCCCUCAAAGCUUCCAGUGUAACGCCGACUGCCGUCCCUCCUGCAACUACACCUGGAAGAUAAAGGGCCGAUGGCUCGGGGGACAGGGGAGCGAGAUUAUCGUAACUCCCGAAGAGUUGGCCACCUCUGUUACCCUGAACUGCAAGGCCAUCAACAGUGUGUCUGGGCUCUAUGCCAUGGCAACCAGGAAAAUACCUGUGACAUCUGGUCCAUCAGAGGUCCACAUCAUAGGCCCAGAAUCUGUUGCAGUCGGCUUCAAGUCCAUGUUUCAGUGCAUUGCCAAAUGCACUCCCGCCUGUGACUACCACUGGACCAUUGAUGGUCACACUGUCCAUGGCAGUGAGAUGGAGAUGACGGUCGAGCACCAUGUGAAGCCAGAGAAGAUUAUGUGCCACGCUCAGAAUACGAUCUCAACUCAUUUUGAGGUGGUCACAAAGACCGUACGAGUGGAAGGUACAACAGAAAUCUCCUGAUUAUUCAUUUUAGCAACUACCUUAAUUUUAGGAGCCUAAAUCUUUAACUGAUGUAUAUGGUCUUUUAUGAUGCUGUCAUAAACAUUAUUUGACCUAAUAUCAUGUUUUUUUGUGUUCCUUUUGGAAUGUUUUUGUGUGUGUGAGAGACAAUGAAAAAAAAAAGAUCCUCUGAAAACAAUAUGCUUGUCAAGUUGUGUCCAGGUUGUGUUUGUACAAGCAGACCAUCUCUGGGAGGAAGUGUCAGCAUUGGACAGCAGCUGAAACUGGGUCCCGAUUGAGUACGAACACUCCUUGCUGACAAUGACACCAGGCUCCAAAGAAUUAAAGCUGUAAAACAGGAAAAUAGACUGAAAAUAGACAAGACAUUAUAACCUUGCA